AUGUCGAACAUUACUCUUCCCCUUACAACAAUCCCUCGGCACUCCAUGUUUCGACCCUCAUACAUCGCUGUGCGAGGCUCGUCGUGGUCAGCUGGCAACGAAGGAUCACUCGCAGAGUUCCUGGGCGAAGACGAUCAAGCAUCCACCGUCCCAUCGUCUCUUAAUGAGUUUCAGGACUGUGGCUUUCCCAAGGACUCUCACAAUGAUGAGGACUACGAGCGCUGGGCUGUGCGCCCUUUUUGGCAAGGCGUUGGGCAUCAUCCCAGAGUUUACAACUCUUGCAAAUCUAUCACUGCCGACGUUGUCGUCCGCUUUGGUGGCGGUAGAUUCGAGUUUUUCUCCCAAAAGGCCAUCCUCAGCGCAAAGUCCGAGUAUUUCAAGUGCGCAUUCUCGAGCAACUUUGCUGUUGCAACCUCUCAAGUCAUUGACCUCGGCGAUGAGGAUAACAGCAAACAUAUCUACGCCAUGUUGCGCUUUAUCCAUGGAACCGCCUACACCACGAUCCACCAGCGCAGCUCAAUGGGCCGUAACCUCGAUUUUCACAUCGACCUGUACCUCAUUGGCGAACAAUUCGACUGCCGCGAUCUUCGUCACGCAGCUGCCGAUGUCUUCUUCCACGAAGCAAUCUUUCUUGCCGAUACACAUUGGUUCCCGAAGGCCGCUCAGAGAAUUCUUGGAGCAGAUGCAGCAGUUCUGGCAGACAAGUUUCUGAUCGAUGUCACGGUCAAGAUCUGCGUCGAGCAGGUCGAAACACUGGUCAAGAACAAGCACUUCAUGGAAAUGGCGCUUGCUGGUGACCUCGUCGACGAAGGCGGAGCCAUGAAGCUGUUUCUCACUCUAGGUCAGCGCGUCAGAGAGCUAUCGGGCGCAGAUGUCUGGAUGUCCAAGGAGGAACGCCUUGUCAAGGCUCAAACAGAGUUACUUGCUGCUGAAGCUGCACUUGGCCCGGUUUCCAGAUCGUCGCUUGCCGGUCAGAUUAUCGCUGCCAGAGCUUACAAUGCGGCUCAUAUGGCCGUGACCAAUGCUGCUAUGAUCACUCCUCAGCCUACGGUGGCUCCCUUUGCUGCCCUGACUUCGCACCCGCCACCACCUACUGCUGCCAACCACACCACCGUCGUCAGCAGAAGAGCCACUGUCUUCAACAAGUGA